UCCUAGUGGCGGGGAGCGCACCGCGGAGGGGACAUGCGAUCGGAGAAAUCCCUUACGUUGGCGGCGCCGGGGGAGGCCCGUGGGCCGGAGGGGGAGCAACAGGAUGCCGGAGACUUCCCGGAGGCCGGCGGCGGCGGCGGCGGCUGCUGUAGUAGCGAGCGGCUGGUCAUCAACAUCUCCGGGCUGCGCUUCGAGACGCAGCUGCGCACCCUGUCGCUGUUCCCCGACACGCUCCUGGGGGACCCCGGCCGCCGUGUCCGCUUCUUCGACCCGCUGAGGAACGAGUACUUCUUCGACCGCAACCGGCCCAGCUUCGACGCCAUCCUCUACUACUACCAGUCGGGGGGCCGGCUGCGGAGGCCGGUCAACGUGCCGCUGGACAUCUUCCUGGAGGAGAUCCGCUUCUACCAGCUCGGGGACGAGGCCCUGGCUGCCUUCCGCGAGGACGAGGGCUGCCUGCCCGAGGGUGGCGUGGACGAGAAGCCACUGCCCUCCCAGCCCUUCCAGCGCCAGGUGUGGCUGCUCUUCGAGUACCCGGAGAGCUCGGGGCCCGCCCGGGGCAUCGCCAUCGUCUCGGUGCUGGUCAUCCUCAUCUCCAUCGUCAUCUUUUGUCUGGAGACGCUGCCGCAGUUCCGCGCAGAUGGUCGAGGUGGAAGCAAUGGUGGUGGUGUCUCCCCGGUGUCCAGGGGCAGCCAGGAGGAAGAGGAGGAUGAAGACGAUUCCUAUACGUUUCAUCCUGGCAUCACCGCGGGGGGAAUGGUGGCAGGGGGCUCAUCCCCACUAAGUACCCUUGGGGGCUCCUUCUUCACCGACCCCUUUUUUCUGGUGGAGACGCUGUGCAUUGUCUGGUUCACCUUCGAGCUGCUGGUGCGCUUCUCCGCCUGCCCCAGCAAGCCAGCCUUCUUCCGCAACAUCAUGAACAUCAUCGACUUGGUGGCCAUCUUCCCCUACUUCAUCACCCUGGGCACCGAGCUGGUGCAGCAGCAGGGACAGCAGUCCGCCAGUGGAGGCGGCGGCCAGAACGGGCAGCAGGCCAUGUCCCUGGCCAUCCUCAGAGUGAUCCGCCUGGUCCGGGUGUUCCGCAUCUUCAAGCUGUCCCGCCACUCCAAGGGGCUGCAGAUCCUGGGCAAGACCCUGCAGGCGUCCAUGCGGGAGCUGGGUCUGCUCAUCUUCUUCCUGUUCAUCGGAGUCAUCCUCUUCUCCAGCGCCGUCUACUUCGCAGAGGCCGACGAUGACGAUUCGCUCUUUCCCAGCAUCCCGGAUGCCUUCUGGUGGGCCGUGGUCACCAUGACCACAGUAGGUUACGGGGACAUGUACCCCAUGACGGUGGGGGGCAAGAUCGUGGGCUCACUGUGUGCCAUCGCCGGGGUCCUCACCAUCGCCCUGCCCGUGCCCGUCAUCGUCUCCAACUUCAACUACUUCUACCACCGGGAGACCGAGCAGGAAGAACAAGGCCAGUACACCCACGUCACUUGUGGGCAGCCUGCCCCGGACCUGAAGGCAGCCGACAACGGACUUGGCAAGGCUGAAUUCUCGGAGGCCACCCGGGAGCGGAGACCCAGCUACUUUCCCACUCCACAUCGGGCAUAUGCAGAGAAGAGGAUGCUCACCGAAGUUUGACGGAUGCAGGCCGGGCCUGCACGGAAGGAAGGACACUGGACAAACAAUCCCUUAGGGCUCCUUGUCAUUCUCCACUACUCGCACCCCAGCUCCAGGUGACUUCCUGACUCCCCCCCCACCCCUACACCCAGUGGCUGGCGCCAGGACCACACACCUGGACUCUCAAUCUUGUUACUUGACCCCUGCAGCAUCCAAGGUUUCUCCAUCUAAGUGGCAUUUUCCGAACUCUAACGGUGCCACCCAUUCGUGCCCAUCUUCUGUCACAUGGAUGAGAUUUCCAUCUGACCUUCGUCCCUCAAGACUCUGAUUUUUCAUGUCUGGGACUUGUAAUAUCUCUAGGAAGAGCGAUGUUGACGAGAUGGAAACCAGGCACACCUGGGUCCUUUUUCGCCUUAGCGUCUGUGGCUUUGGGGCAUGCACCUGUCUUAGCUUCUGGCCACACGGUAACUGGCAGAAAUGGGUGGACAGAAACAGUACUCCUCCUUUGUUUUCCUCCAGCGCCCUGUAACACCGGCUGCUCAUCCUGAAGAGGACCCCUGGGAGAGCCUUCAGCUGCCCAGCCUGAUACUACGCUAUACAUCUCUAAUCUUGGAUGGAAUUAGAGAAACUACAAUUACACUGGGCCAUUUGGAGGAUGUGAGAGUCAGUCCUGGACCAAAGGGGCCAAUGGAUUCUUCCAGGUGCGAUCUGGCACGGUGGACACAUCAGUCUUUGGUCUGCACCUCGUUCUCCCCACUCUGAUCCCCUGACCCUCUCGAGCUUCCGGGAAGGCUCCUCAGAGCCAAAUACUCUUCCUGUGCAGAGGAACUGGCAAAGGGGAACCCACAGAGCUGGGAGAAAUGGCUGGAUAUAAUCAAGCAGGCUUGACCGCUCAUCAGAAGAGAGGCGCCACGGAGACAGUACCAUCUAGGGGGGCAGAGGAGUCUUCUGCAGACAGCAGAUUUCUCUCUCUCGCUUCCCCUGACCCUCUCUAGUCCUCCACCCUUCUUCCUGGGAGUCUGACUUAGGAUUGCUGUUGAAGGCUUUCUAAAGCAGACUCCAGCCUAAACCCACAGACAGGUAGCAGCACACAUUGGAUGCUAGCGUGGGCUUUUUUUUUUUCCUUUCCAUUUCGUGGGCAAUGAGACAGGUGGUUUAGAGUAAGGAAGAAGCAUUAUUCCUUUGCUGACAGCCUCACUGUUCGAGGCUUUUGCUGAGUCAAGCAAACAUUCUCCUGCUCUGGCCCUGGAGCUGCAGCCCACAGCUCUCACUGGUAAGGAGCCACUUAGACCAAGUCAUCUUCUUCCGUUGUGAACCCCUGUUUCUGUCCCCUCAUCACAUUGUCAUUCAUUUGUUGCCUUGAUCAACUGUGAUGCACUGUUCUGAGCUCUCCUGGGUACAGUUCAGAAACCGGAAGGACUGUUAAUGAGUUUUUAAUUUUAUAAACUAGGCUUUAAGGCUCCUUGAUAAGAAUUUUUUAAAAAAUCUUUUCUCAAAGAGCAAACUUAUGAGGGACAGACAGCCUCUUGAGGGUUUUCUUGAGAGACGCUGUCCGGAUGUUGCCACACUUUACAGGGUAACUUGGGUGCCACAGUCCCUCUUUGUGCCUCAGUCUCCCCACCCAUUCAAUGGGAACAUUCAUGUCUUCCCCCCACCCCCACCUCAUGGGGAAUGGCCCGUGAGAACUCAUCUGGGAGGCUGGGGAUGACGCUAUGCAAAUGUGUGAACUUCCGUAAUGGUUUCUAGUUCAUUACCACGUUUCCCCAUCCCCCACAGGCAAGGCCUCCCCCGAGAGUUCCUGCCUUGGAUCCAGAGCCCAUGCACAGGCCAUUCUGGGCCAUUAGCUCUUUAAAUCCCUCCCUAGCCUCUCAAACUGGGCCUUGGUCUUUCUUCUUACCUUUUGGCCAGGAGGAUGCUCUCUUUGGAGCGAUCCAGUGGGAUCCUUUUGGGGCCAGACACCAUCAUCUUGAUUGGGAGCUUGGCUUCUCCAAACCUGAAAUGCAGGAGGAGAUGCUCAUGAUUCAGACACUUGCUCUGAGCCCAUAGAAUGCCAGGUUUCCAAAUGUCUUCUGGAAUAUUACUCCUGGCAAUUCGGGGGAAAGAGGAGGCCCACGCAGAGGCAAAAGCGAUGCUCCCGGCGAGGGUAAUGUUGGAACACGUAUGCAUGUGUCUCUGUAUGUGUGUGUGUGUCAUCCUCAUCACCAUUUCCUUUUCAAGUCAGAGCAUGCCCGAAAGUAAAGGGUUUAUGGAGAGCUGGGCUCUCCAGGGACUCUGGUUGCCGUAGCAACCUUCCAGACUGUUCUCUCUAUCUUCUGAUUUGGGCAGCCAGGGAGAACAGGAGACUACGUAUUCCCAGCUUCUAAAAGGGGGACGCCUCUCACAUAUGGCUUUAGGGGCUGGUAGGGCUAGGACAGGGAUGCGUGACCUUCGGAAAAUGAAGGGGAAGUGGGUCCCCAAAGAUUCCUAUCUGGACCUUUCUUCCUGGCUUCCCCACCCAGUCACUGAAGCUGCCUCAUCCCACCCCUGAGUCUUCAGAAACUUGAAUGCCAAGCAACUGCCGGUGAAAGCAAUGUCCAUAUUAUUGUUUUUGAAAUGGCCUUGGAGGGGACUAGCUUCUCCCGAGGUAGUCAAGCUGGGCCUCGCCAAGGGUCAUACUAGUUUUAGUCCAUAAUAGCACUGCGGGGCACUCACGUCCUCAGAGAGAGGCUCCUCCCAGCACUGAGAGAGACAGAGAAAUGAUGCUUCUGCUUCCCAAGGAACAGUCUAGCUCUUGGGAGGAAUCUCAUAGGUGGUUCAUCUUAAGAUGUCGAAGAAAAACUGAGAGGCGGUGACCUGACCUAGUUCCUGUGAAGGAUUCUGCCAAGUGACCCCCUCUGACUCUGAGCCUCUUGACGUGGAUUUUGCUCCCUGAGCGCCGCGACAAUCUGCGCCCAGUGUGGCUGUGACAGCUGGGGUGGCGAUUCCGCAGCUGCCAGCAGAGGGGUUCAGGUCAUCGUUACGCCUGACUCGGGCCCACAGGAGCGCCCAGAGGUCUUCCUGGAUCUGUGAAGCUCGGCUGAGACGUGGGAGGUGACUCCUGCCAGAUCGGCCCCAGGAGAGAAGGGGACAGCUGGCCGUCUUGGCACCCGAGGUGGGAAUAUCAGAGAUGGAACGGGUGCCCCGUGCAGGGACAGGUGGCACCCGGCCUUCUUCAUCUGGUGACCAGUGGACUCUGGCGCGUGUGGCCGCUCUCGGAAACCCUCCUGUGGGAUUGCGUUGGACUGAGUCACAGCGGACUGUUAGGUCGGGGUGGGAGGAGGGUGGCUGUCAGACGUAGACAGUGGGGAUGGAGGCGAGGGCUGGCAGCGGGAGAGGAGACAGUCACAGCUCCAGACAGAGACAGUCAUGUGGCUGCAGGAGAGCAGGGGGCCUCGCAGCGAUCAAGAACACACUAAGGCAAUGUAUAAAUACGACACCGCCUCUGUCCCCUGGGGCUGUCUACCAUCACCCUUGUGUAGGCGCUCAGCACCCGAUGUUAGAAUUAUUGCAAUAAAAUCAUUCAAUCUGGAGGAAAAAAAAGUUAUGUGCUCUGUCCGAUUAUGUAAGCAGGGAGAUGUGUGAAACAAUUAACGAUUUCCGUCUAAAAUGAGAAAAAGGCAAACUGCAGUGUUUAGAUAUUUCCGAUCUGAAGAUGACUUCCUGAUGUCGGAUAACUAGGCGUCCCCCAUGCCUGCUGGCUGGGACUGGAGAGAAUUGAGAGCAGGCAUUCCUAAGGGGGGACCACGUGGCUUUCCUGGGUCAACAUAGGCCCCGCAGCACGGGCUCUACAUCUGUCAGCUGUCUGCGACAUCAUGACCCCACGGUCAGCCCCAGAUCCCUUCCUGCCCCUCUUCUGAGAUUCUUCCCAGCGAGUUUCAGCUCCCGGGGGAAAGCUCAUGUCUGGGAGAUUUACUAGCCGAAAGUUAAAUAACUGUAGAGUUGGAAUCAUGUCCACCAUUAUCGCUUUGGGAGACAGAUAAGAAAGUCUCUCCUCUUCUCAUUGCUUUCUGUGUAUCAUUUCAUCACAGUAUCUCAGGGCUAGAAUUCAAGUGGAGAGUCUGAAAAGCAUUCUGAGUUACCGUCAGCCCCAAAUCCUCAGGAUUCCAAGAGAGGGGUAGAUUUCACGCUGGUCAUCCUUCACCGGGGACAGCUUUCACUGCUGUAAACCCAAGUUUAAAAGGAUGCCGUAACCCUUUUCCUUCCCCUUCCCCCCAAAUAUUUACCGUUUCCAGGAGUGUGGAAAAAAUGAAAUCAGGUUAGGCUUAAAGGAAAUCCAUCAUGGCCUUCCAUCUUAAUGCUUGUCGGCCUCACUUUUUCCAAUAGAUGCACUUCUAAAAAGUUGCUGUUUUUGCCAUGAGUGUGUGUGCGCGCGCAUGCACACCCGUAUAAAAAUAAUAGACUCGGGGCUUCCCUGGUGGCACAGUUGUUAAGAAUCUGCCUGCCAAAGAAGGGGACAUGGGUUCAAGCCUUGGUCCGGGAAGAUCCCACUUGCCGCGGAGCAACUGAGCCCGUGCACCACGACUACUGAUGCUGCGCUCUAGAGCCUGUGAGCCACAACUAGUGAGCCCGCGUGCCACAACUACUGAAGCCCUUGAGCCUAGAGCCUGUGCUCCGCAACAAGAGAAGCCACCAAAAUAAGAAGCCUGCGCAUCGCAACAAAGAGUAGCCCCCACUCGCCACAACUAGAGAAAUGCCGCGCACAGCAAUGAAGACCCAAUGCAACCAAAAAUAAAUAAAAUAAAAAAAUAAUAGAGUCACUUCCUAUCAGAGGUGUUUUCAAUAGAAGGGGGCCUUUUCACAUUAAAAAAAUCACAAUAGGGCCUUCCCUAGUGUCGCAGUUGUUGAGAGUCCGCCUGCCGAUGCAGGGGACACGGGUUCGUGCCCCAGUCCGGGAGGAUCCCAUGUGCCGCGGAGCGGCUGGGCCCGUGAGCCAUGGCCACUGAGCCUGCGCGUCCGGAGCCUGUGCUCCACAACGGGAGAGGCCACAACAGUGAGAGGCCCACGUACCGCAAAAACAAAAAACAAAAAACAAAAUAUAGUUAAAUUUACAGGAGAAUACCUAGUCUAUAGAAAAAUGCACCUCAGCUAUUUUGUGGCCUACUACCUACCAUCCUAAUUCCUUCCUACAGUGGUGGGAAAAGGAAUGCUCUGGUAUUAGAAAGGGUGGGGAUCGCUGACCAGAUCUGAGAAAGAAAGAGCCUUUUGGUUUGUUAGCAGAAGUAGGGUAUAUUUUUCAAAAUGUAUGUUCAAAAGUGAGAACUCUAAGAGACGCUUUACCAUUUUCCUCUCUUUCUUACUGCAUUUUGGCUCUCGAGGUGCUGAAUCUGCCAGGUGCAGCACUGCGUUUUCCAUGCCUAUCGCCGUGUCAGGAGAGGCGGGAUGGGAAAGAUGACACAGUUGGACUGUGGGGAAGGCGGGCAUCAUUUAAUUCUGGGUCUGUCACUAACUUGCUGUGACCCUGAGCAAGCUGUGUGCCUGGCACCGGGCUGGCAUUAGCUGUCGGUAUUAUCCUGUGUCCUGGUGUCUCCAUCUGUAGAGUAAGGUGGUUGCAUUAGACAAUUUUUGAGCUUUUGCUGGGAAAUUCUAUGGUUGCUCAAGCCUGUUCAUUAAAUGUACAGCUGGUUCCCUCCAUAACUUGGCAAACUUCAUUGCUUGGCUUUUACCACCAGAGUGAUCUUUUCAAAAGAGAGUUGGAGUUAACUUAAAAUUUCAACUUUAUAUGGAAUUAUUUAAUUUCAGAGGCUAUCUACUCCAGUCUCUUAUUUUACAAGAUCAGAACUUAACACUUAAAAAUAUACUGAGCAGGGCUUCCCUGGUGGUGCAGUGGUUGAGAGUCCGCCUGCCGAUGCAGGGGACACGGGGUCGUGCCCUGGUCCGGGAAGAUCCCACAUGCCGCGGAGCGGCUGGGCCCGUGAGCCAUGGCCGCUGAGCCUGCGCGUCUGGAGCCUGUGCUCCGCAACGGGAGAAGCCACAACAGUGAGAGGCCCGCGUACCGCAAAAAAAAAAAAAAAAAAAAAAAAAAAAAAAAAAAAUAUAUAUAUAUAUAUAUAUAUAUAUACUGAGCAGGUUAUAGCAAAGUUUUGAAAGCAAUGUCUUAAUUUUUUAUGUGAUACCAAGUAUGAUAAAUCCCUUCCUUCUGCUUUUCUGUUACUUUUUCUCUCUCCCUCUUCCCUGCUUCCCUCCCUGCUUUCCUAUUUUUCUUAGAUGAAGUCUAUCUUAGUUAUUCAGUGAUUUCCAGAUCUUUUAAAUUUCAAAGUAUCAAAUAAACAUUCCUCGGUGUUGGCUGCGUCAGCACCUUGGCGUUAUGACUGGAAAAACAUUGGGCACAGAGAUAUGCUUCUAUGUUAUGGAAAAGCAGGGGAUGCAGACCAGCAGGGAUGCUGACCUAUAUCCUCUGGGUCUCUGGCUCCCCAGCUGCAGAGGGAGCCUGUAGAAAAGACAAAGCAAAGAAAAGUUGGUACAGUUCUCUGGUAUCUUCAAAGUAGAAGCUGGUUCUUUCCACUUCUGGGAAACCAAGGGCAGGCGUUGCAAUCAUAUGCUGGGAUGGUCCCACUGAACUGUGCAGUGGUUCUAAAUAGUAAGGCCUGUCCAGCUCCGCCUGUCCAGCUCAGCCCCGGGAGCUGGGGCUGCACAUCGGGGCCAGGGUCCCCCCGAGCCGGGUCCCAGUCCUGCACGGGCGCACCAGGUCCUGGUGCCUUUUGGUGUUUGUUCAUCAUCCUCAUCCAUUUAGUCUCCUUUCCUCCUGCUGGUGCACCUGACAGAGCAGCAGAACCCUGGCCGUGGACAGAGAAAGCCCAUGUGAGCUCCGAGUAUACUGUCUGACCCUGAGCAGAUGGCUUGAAACAAACAAUUUAUUUACUGACUUUAAAAGUAGUAUCUGGGGCUUCCCUGGUGGCGCAGUGGUUGAGAGUCCGCCUGCCGAUGCAGGGGACACGGGUUCAUGCCCUGGUCCGGGAAGAUCCCACAUGCCGUGGAG